AUGGCACGAUCAUCUGUGCUGCUCGUCCUGACUGGGCUGGCCGUGGUACUCGCACAGACCAACGACAUGGGUUCUGUCUCACCCUCGUCGACACCGGGACUGUAUGCCGCAUCAACAACGACAUUCACCAGCCCAACAUGGAUCCCGACGACCGCACCGCCGACCAACACAUCAGACUUUGGCCAGAACGCUGGUGUUCUCUGUUUCUACCUGGGCUGUAUGCUUGUGGGUGGUAUUCUCACCAUGAUCUUUCGCAAAUUUUUCGUGGUGCUGACCACCGCACUGGCGGGCAGUCUGCUUGUAAUGCUCGAAAAGCUUGAGCAUGACACAAUGCCGGCUCCUGACGACAAGGAUUUUGGCUCUUCUGCGUUGAUUAUGCUUUUGGCCUGGUUCCUCUUUGGGGUCGUUUGUUUCGUCUGCCAAUACCUCAUUGGACAUCGCACAGCCUCCAAGGCCGUGCGCCCAGCCUCAUCGGCCGGGGGUGAGGCCCGCAGCACGCUCAACGCAAUGCUGGCCGACCCCUCGCUCAUCGAGGCAGCCGCUUCAGUCAAGAAGCUUCCCUCGGGCAAGACGGGUAAGCCGCGCUUGAGCCCGCGCUACGUCAAUAAGCUGCGCAAGGAGUUUGCGAUGGCUGGUCGUGCCGAUGAAUUUCCUAUUGCCCAGAAAGAAACCAAGUUUGAGCGUCGCGAGCCCAACAAGGGCCAUCAGUGGCAACGUGCCAAGGCAGAGCGGCUGGAGAAAAUCAAGGCAAACAUGGAAAAGAUGGAUCAGAUGGUCGAGGACUUUCGGGCGGAGAAGCGCGAAAAACGUCGCGUUCAACGCGAGAAGCGUGGUGUUCUUCUGCGCAUGCCGCUUCGUCGUCACCAUCAUACCAGCAAGAUGGAGCGGGAGCCCCUUCUCGAGAAUUCAUCUCUCUCCGGAGGGACAUCGGCCGACGGUAGCGUUCAGUAUCUCAACAGUCUGAGUCAAUCCCAUCGAAACAGUCCGGACCUCAAAGAAGAAUCGCGAACAUGGGCCAUCAUCUCAAACCUCAUGGGUGGCAUCUACUUUGUCGCUUGGUCCGUCUCCUUCUAUCCCCAAAUGUACAACGUAGUGGGCUUCUUGUGCUACAGCAUCUUCAACGGGCUCUUUUAUUGGUCCCCUGAUACACAGAGCCUAUACCGCAGUCACCACCAUGGCAAAAACAACCAGGUGCAGGCCUCGGACGUUUUCUUUGCCCUGCACGCGCUGGCCCUGACCUUGGUCACAGUCUUUCAAAUCUUUAUCUACGAGCGGGGCAACCAACGCGUCUCGCUCUAUUGCAAGUUGUAUCUGAACCACAAGCGACGCUCAACCGAAGGCAUGAACAUCCACAACUUCUUGCUCGAUUUUACCGGUGGCUCCUUAUCCGUGGCCCAACUGUGCCUUGACGCCAGGCUCACGCAUGACUGGAGCGCUAUCACUGGUGAUGUGGCCAAGUUUGGCCUUGGCAUGGUGAGCAUGCUGUACGACAUUGUCAUCAUCACACAGCAUUACUGCAUGUAUCAGAAUGAGAACGGUCGGCUGGCAUCCGAAGUUUAG